UGCUGCCCUGCCCGGCCCUGCAAAUAUAAACACCGCUCUUCAUGUGAUGUGUGAAAAGCGGGUUCUGGCUUAAUCGUCUACUGAUAAUCAGGAGGAGGAAAUCAAAACCCUCGGAAGGAGAAGAAGAAGAAGAAGCAAGAGAUAUGGGGAAGCAGCCUGUGAGAAUGAAAGCGGUGGUGUACGCUCUUUCACCAUUUCAACAGAAGGUUAUGACUGGUCUCUGGAAAGAUCUGCCCUCCAAGAUCCACCACAAGGUCUCCGAGAACUGGAUCAGCGCCACCUUACUUCUCACCCCUCUCGUCGGCACCUAUACUUAUGUGCAGAACUUCAAAGAAAAGGAGAAGUUGGAGCAUAGGUACUGAGGUCAUGCAUGUGAUCAAAGGACUGUUUACCUUUUUUUUGUGGGAAACUUGAUAAUUUUCUUGUUUCACUAAAAAAAUAAAGCUCAAUGCUUGGAUUUUAGCUGCAGUUGCAGUUAUCAAUUUUUAGCAAGCUUUUGUUAUGAAUAUUUCUAUUUGUAGCCAAGGUUUAAUCUAUACUUGUCCUUGAAAUGCUUUCUGAAUUGCUAAAUAUUGAACAAAUUUGGUGUUGAA